CAAAUACUUACAAACAGACACAUGAGAGGUAACGGAUAUGAGAAAUAUUAGCGCUUUGCCAUGCUGGUCUAGUUACAGAGAAAGAAACAGCUGUCGAGUAUGAGCACUUCAUCUAUACAAUGCCAAAGUAACAACAGUGGAAAUUGCAACUGUUCGUCUGAGUUAAAAAGACUAUUGGACAAUAAAGAAGAUUCUAGUAUUUUAGUCGCUAUUCUUUUCAUUAGCAUCACAUUGCUAAUAAAGGAAGUAUUGAUAUUCCUCACAAAACUUUACGGAACAACCAGGAAGUACUGCACUUUCAGGGCAAGCAUUUCUAACAAAGAUGGAGACAUCCACUCUAGUGAACAGCUGAGAGAAAGAUUCUAUUUACCUGACCCCAGUCAGGCAGAAAUUCAAAUCAAUGCAGCAGAAAAUCGACUCUCUUUCCAAUUUCACGUUGAAUCUAACAGAAAAAGAAGCCAGUAUUUUCCCGAAGACUUUAUGAAUAUCAACGUUGAUGAUAAUGCAGACUACGAGCUACAGAAUCCAGACAUUGUCCAUGAAUCUAUGGAUUCUAUGGAUCAGGCUGAGGAAUUGGAUGACUCCUGUAUCUACUCAUUGGCCAAACCAAACAUACGAAAGAGUUCUGGAUAUGAUUGAGUGAUUAACAUGAAGCGAAAACAUGCGUCGGUGGCUAAGUUCACUAAUCAUAACAAUUUUAGAGUCUGGACAGUUUCUGUUCAAAAAAAACUCUAAAAUUGAUAAAUCAUUGUUUCUGUUACAUGUCUUUAGCACAUAAUAAAGUAUCCUACAUUGAUCCUUUAACAGCAGCAAAAUCAGGUUGCUUUGGUACAUGUACAUGUAUCAUCUCUGAUAUUCUUUGAAAAUGUUCUCUGACUGUUGUUUGAAUGCGUUCAUUAUAUGCAUAAACUCCAAUUAAACAAACAAACCUGACUUCUUUCAGUCCAUCCU